AUGUCUUCCGUCGCCCAAACACAAAACAGUGACUCCCACAUCCAUCGUGAUGGAGACUUGAUCUACAUGGAAUGUAAAGAGAACUUCCACAACAAGAGAGUCGGAGAAGACUCUUUUGAGGACUAUGUCUCGCACAACGCCUACGAGCUGUUUGCGCGCCGAUGUAACAAGUAUCCCACUGCUGAUGUGCUUGGGUAUAAAGAGAAGUUACCGACUGGGAAGUAUCCGAAGGACAUUGGAUUCUCUUGGUAUACUGGUGAACAAGCGUUACAGAUAGCGAAUGAGAUUGGAAGUGGUGUGAAGAACAUAUACAACCUUCCUAAAGGAUCCUUUGUUGGGAUCUUCUACCCUAAUAGAGCGGAGUGGGUUCUUGUAUGCCAAGGACUGAUUCGAAUGGGGUUAGUCCCAGUCCCGUUGUACGCAACGUUAGGAGUUAAUUCCAUCAAUUACAUCAUCGAUCUGACGGGAAUGUCUCUCAUCUUCGUCUCCAGCGAAACCGUCGCAAAAGUCCCGGAACUCAAGUCAUCGAAAACUGACGUCAAUUUCGUCUAUAUUGAUCCAGUCGUACCUUUGACUGUCAGUUCAGAACAUAUUAAGACUAUCACUGAAAUCAAAGAAAGUGGGAAGAGCAAUAUGGUAGAUGCAGACUUACCAACACCAGACGACUUGUACUCGAUCUUUUUCACAAGCGGAACAAGUGGUGUUCCAAAGGGUGUUGUCCAUACACACAAGUCUUUCCUCUCAGCAGUUUGCACUUUCCAGUCACUUAAUAUGUACGACAAAGAUACCAUCGCACUUGGGAGAACAACAUAUUCGUACCUCCCAAUGGCUCAUUGCUUUGAACAUGAAGUCUGUUACAUCUUUGUGUUGGGCUAUGGCAGAGUCGCAUUCAAUUGUGGUGGACUCGGGGAGCUACUCAACGAAAUCCAAAACUGCAACCCCGACCACUUGAUCGCAGUCCCAAGAGUGUUGCAACGCGUGAAAAUGGCUAUGGACGCAUACAUCGCAUCAACUAAUUUCAUAUCAAGAAUGAUCACCCCACCGUCCGCACUGUUGGGAACUAAGCUGAGAACUAUCAUCAACGGCUCCGCACCACUUACUAUGGAGAUAUACAACUACUUCAGAGUUAAUUUGCCUAACACUCUGAUUUUGCAAGGGUACGGCUCCACUGAAACGUUUGGAGGCGUCUGCUGUAACGCUAAGGGACUCCACGACCCUGAAAUUCUGUCGAUUGGAAGUCCAUUCUUACACACCACUUUUAGAAUCAGAAGUGUCCCGGACAUGGAGUAUUUGACUUCAGACAAUCCACCAACUGGGGAAUUGGAGAUUAAGAGCACUAACAACUUCAAGGAAUACUUUAAAAUGCCGGAUUUGACGAAAGCCUCAUACACCGAAGAUGGGUUCUUUGUUACAGGCGAUAUUGUUAAGAUGAAUGUUGAUGGCUCGAUUUCUAUUAUAGACAGAAGAUCCAAUUUAAUCAAAUUGGCCCAAGGCGAGUUUGUUGCGGUUGAAGCCGUCGAGAUGUCGAUGCUUGGAGGGAGAGUACACCAAGCCUUUGUCAACGGAGUUUCUACAGACAACUUUGUCGUUGGCGUUGUUGUCGUUGGCAAGGAUGAUGUAGUUACUGAAGAAGACAUGAUGGCAGAAGUGAAAGAGAAUUUGGAGAAGAAAGGGUUCCCCGCCUUUGCCAUUCCAAAGGCACUCUAUAUCGAACACACGCCAUUUUCAGAAGACAACGAUUUACUUACUCCGUCUCUCAAGCUGAGAAGAGCGAACUUGAAGAAACACUAUCAGCAAGAAAUCGACAAGAUGCGUGCUCGUAUUAAUAAUAAGAAUUGA